AUGGAGUGGGAAGGGCCGGCCAAGCAAGGCUUGUACGACCCUCAGAACGAGCACGAGGCCUGUGGCGUUGGAUUUGUAGUCGCUAUCGACGGAAAACGUACCCAUAAAAUUGUCCGCGAUGCCGAAACCCUCGCGAAACGUAUGGAACAUCGUGGUGCGUGCGCGUGCGAUAACGACACCGGAGAUGGUGCUGGGGUGUUGACUGCUAUUCCGCAUCAGUUCUACUGCGCUCAGCUGAGGUAA